AUGAAGGAGAAGGAUUGUGCACUGUCUGCCCUGCUUCCUUGCGUGAAAGAAGAACUAGAGGAGGUGACAGGUGCCCUUGAAGCUUUUACAAAGCGCUGGCCUGCCCCUCUACAUGGUCAACAUCACAUCACAGUGGUUAGAGAUAAAUAUUUGAAAAAUCUGCUCAGCUUAUUUUGGGAUAUUCUUAAUGGCGCGAAAGAACAGGGGAACUUGGAUGGUGUCACAAACGCCAUUCGAGAUCUCCAUGUUGCCUUUUCUGCACUUUCGGAAACUAUAGAUAUAAGGUGUACACAGCAUCUCACCGUCGCUCCUCGCAUAGUUGCAAAGUUUCCAACAAAGAAUAAGUAUUUCAAUUUUCUGGUUGCUAGCUCAAUCACGGGUGUUCCAAGAAAUUUCUUUCCUGCUCUGUUCCAGUUGCCGGUUGAACUCCUAGUGCAAAGAUUGUCCCGGAAACUUGUAGGUCUAGAUAAUCAACUUAGGGCCAUCAUAAAUGCAAUGUCAAUCCAUAAGCUUGGAUCACGCCCUCUGUAUUCUUUCCUCUUGUUAGGUCAUCCAGGUCAUGGGAAGACAGCACUUGCUGUGGCGCUUGCAAAAGAAAUGUUUGAUAAUAGGAUUGUUGAAUAUAAUGUGGCUGGUUUUACAGAAGAUGAUUUUACAGUAGAAGUUUUCUCAUGUCCGUUCUUGGUUGUUAACGAGUCAGAUGGGGCUAGCGACUCGACGGUCCGGCUUAUUUCGAGCUGUGUGUUAGUGUUUGAUAACGUUGACAAAGCCAACACCGCACUGUUCGACAUUAUCCUACGGAUUCUAGAGAUUGGGUCAUAUGUCGAUGCCUCUGGAAGGCAGAUUGCAGAGAAGCAGUUCAAGCCUCGGUUUUUUGAUUCUGUGGAUGACGUAAUUUUGAUCCCUUGGCUAUCUCUUUCUCAGUUUAUGUCAGUUUUCAGAAUACAAGUCCGCGAUGCCGCCUCCUUAUUCGAAGAAAAAGUGGUUGUCUACCCGUCUGCCGCCGUGUUUCGUUAUAUUUGGAGGAAUAAGUAUGACAAGAUGCAAGAGGAAGGUGGUCAUGUAGUUAAGCAUUUUGUGGAGGAGUUAGUCUCCAAGUUGAGCAAUGUGGAUAGCCAGUCCAUAGUAUACAUUGAUGAGUUGGUGGGUACCAAUGAAUUGUCUGUCAGAACUCAGAACUUAAGUGAUGUGACAGUUGCCCAUGACUUUAAGACGUUCAAAGUAUCCUUGGGAAAGUUGAGGAUCCUCUACCAGUUCGAAAAAGAACAUGCUAAGCAGAUAUACAAACUAAGCAUUGUUUAG